AUGCGGGGUGGAUCCAUGUUUGGUAAGUAUUGUCGAAAAGGGAUAUCAUCUGGAUCUCGACACUACUCCUCCUCGAGUAAAAACAGCACAGUUCGCCAAGUCGAGGAGGCGCCUAAGCCAAGAUUCGGAUUGGGAUUUAUGAUUGUAUAUGGCUUCGAGACUGCUGCAUUCAAAGCCUUUCUUGUGUGGGCUGGAUACAGAGUAGCUCUUGUUGACUCCCCAUACGAUCCAGAAAAGUUUGCUUCCGACAUGGAGGCCUUGGCGGAAAACAGACUUUUGGAUGAAAAAUGGAAAGUGCUCGAGAAGAAACAUCCUUUGACUGGUACGAGGAUGGAACAUUCCAACUGA